AUGUAUUGGUUUAAGAAAUCUUAAAAAGAUAUAAAGAAUGAAAGUAUAUAAAAGGCUGUCCCAGAAGAGAAAUAUCGAAUGCCUUGUCCUUUGGGAAAUAGUAAAUGGGAUGAAGAAGGUGUUAUAUAAUUUACUUGUCUUCAAAGAAAUACAAAUAUUAAGCUACACACCUACAGAUGCUUCACAAAAUCAAAUUAAACUCCAUAAUCUGUAACUUUAUUCUUUCAUGGAUUAAAUGAACAUCUUGGAUUGUAUGCUCAUAUAGCAUAAGCAUUGAGUAAAGAAGCCAAUAGUGUUUGUGUAGGCUUUGAUUUUAGAGGAUUUGGUAAGAGUGAAGGUCUUAGAGGUUGGCUAGAAUCAAAAGAACAACAUAUAGAAGAUUGUACGAGAUUUAUUUAAUUAAUUAAACAAUUGUAUCCAGGAGUACAAUUGUUUGCUUUAGGAUAAUCAUUAGGUGGAUUAACAUCCUACCUUUUAGGAAUGAAUGAUCUUGUAGAUGGAACUAUUUUAAUUACACCAGCAUUGAUGGACAACUAUUAUAAUAGACCUUAUCUAAAAAAAAUUGCAUUGAUCUUAGGCCUUUUAAGUCCAACAUGGUCACCAUUUCCAGCUUCAUAUCCUAAUGCUUCUAAGAACCCACAGGUUUUGGAAGACAAUUUGAAGGAUCCUUAUAUAAAUUGGAAUUCAACAUUACCUGGAACAGCCAGAGUAUUACUUAAAAUGAUGAGAGAUGCUCCUAAUACAUUUAAAAAUUAUAAAAAACCCUUCUUAAUUAUUUCAGGAGGAAUGGAUUAAAUAGUUGAUCCUGAUGUAGGUCAUGAACUUAUGAAAUUGAGUACUUCUACUGAUAAAGAGCUUAUUUAUUAUGAAAAUAUGUGGCAUGAUUGUAUUGCAGAAUAAGAAAUACUAGAAAUAAUCCCAUAAUUAAUAAAAUGGAUUAAAAAAAGAUAAUGA